CGGGGCUUGCUGGGACUUGUAGUAAUCAGAAGCUCCAGCCAUCGGUUGCCGCCUACUCGGCCAGCCGUCGCGUCGCGGUUACUAAGGAUUGGAGAAGGUAGUGGUAAGCGCCACCGUGGAGCUACUCCGAGAUCCCCGGGAGGCUCGCCGAGCUGCCCGCCUGACCGGGACGUCGCCCCCGCGGAUACCUCGGAGGCGGAAGCGACGCCGGAGGCAGGCAAAGAAACAGGUGAAGAAACCAAAAAAAAAGGAAGUCAAGAGGUCUUUCCCAAGGUCAAAGAUCAAGGACAUGGCCUCCUCAGGAGUCUACAAACUGGACGAUGGGAAGCCUUACCUGAGCAACUGCUUUCCAGCCAAAAGUCUGCUUCGGAUGCCAGAGGAAGCAGGCCGAGGACAUUGGUUAGUGGCUCGGAAAUGUGGCCCCAAGAAGAAGCCCAAGGCUGUGGUUGCAGCACCAGCUGAAGGUCAGGAAAGCCGGAAGGUUUCUUUUGAGGUCGGAGGGAAGAAGGGGUCUUGGCAGGAAAACCAAGUGGACGUUCCUGGACACGUGCUGGACCAGGCUUUUCUGCUGAAGCACCACUGUGUGAAGAAUCCGUCAGACCUGUGCAGCAUUAAUGUGAGCGGCCUGAAGUUCUCCCAGGCUAAAGACAAGGACUUCAAACAUUUUAAUUCUGUGAUUUACAUCAAUGCCUCAGAAAACCUGCUGCCUCUAGAGGCAUUUCACACCUUUCCAGCCUUGAAGGAACUGGAGCUGGCAUUUAACUGCAUCAAAACAGUCUACGUGAAAUAUGGAGACUUUAAGUCCUUGGAAUUCCUGGACCUUUCCUUCAACAGCCUGACUGUGGAGGCCAUCUGUGACUUGGGGAUCCUGCCACACCUCCGUGUCUUGCUCCUCACAGGCAAUGGGCUCACCUCCCUGCCACCCAACUUGGCUGUCACAGAGCAGGAGGCAUCUGUGACAUCGCUGACCAGCAAGAGGUACAUCCUGAGGUUCCCGGCACUGGAGACCCUGAUGCUGGAUGACAACAAGCUCUCCCACCCCAACUGCUUUGCCAGCCUGGCUGGGCUCAGGAGACUGAAGAAGUUAAGCCUGGAUCAAAACAGGAUUUUCCGGAUCCCGUACCUACAGCAGGUUCAGCUCCGAGAUGGGUCUGGAGACUGGGUUGGAGGCAGGAGAAGUCCCCGGAAAGGGCCCCAAUCCAGGCUGCAGCCCAAGUUGUGGAUGUUUGAGGCCUCAGAUGACCAACCGGAUUAUACCGUGCUGCCCAUGAAAAAGGAUGUUGACCGGACAGAGGUCGUGUUUUCAUCUUACCCUGGAUUUUCAACCUCAGAGACGACCAAGGUCUGUGCUCUUCCUCCGGUAUUCGAGAUUCUUCCCGUCAACUCGCUGAAGGCGAGGAACCAGACGCUGGCCCCGCCCUUCCCGGAGCUGAGGUGCCUUAGCCUGGCCUACAACAAGAUCGCAAAGGAAGAUGCCGUCCUGCCAGUAGCUCUGUUCCCCUCUCUCUGCGAACUCAUCUUUCACAACAACCCUCUGGUGGCCCAUACACGAGGGGUGCCUCCACUGCUCAAAAGCUUCCUCCAGGAGCGGCUGGGAAUCCACUUAAUUCGAAGGAAGAUAGUAAAGGCUAAGCAUCAUAUUUUGAUGCCUCGGAGGGACUCAAGAAAGGUGAAAACUCAAGUCCAAAAGGUACCAAAGCAGCCUCUGCUUCUCCAUCGUCCACCUGUGACCACAAUCCAGUCUUCCUCAAAGGAGGGGCUGGAGUCCGAGGCAGAGCUCAUGAAAGAGCUGCCCACCAGUAACUCCGGUUCCGUGAAGCGAGAGAUGCCCAUCGAGGGCCCGGAGGGCCUUUCCCUGUCCCACCGGACCUUCGUGCCACUGCUUCCCAUCUGCUCCGACUCCACUGUGCAGAGUGAAGAGACAGCCCACCAAAGCGAUGCCCCCGGCCGCCUGAGCCCAGACCGCCUGUCAGACGAGGACACCAAAAGCACAGAGUCCGUCUUCUUGACCCAGGUCAGUGGGCUGUCUUCCUGCAUCUUCCAGAGGGAUGAUUCAGAGACAAAGGAGAAAGGCCGAAGUCCACCCCCCACAGCACCCGGAGAGGCAAGGAAGACUCGGAAGAAGCUCCAGUCUGCCUCGCUCCCUCAAAAGUACCACGGCUAUGAGGAGCUGCUGACAGCCAAGCCUGACCCAGACUUCAUUGAGCCAAAAGGAAUCCAGAAGAACACCCAGGCCUUGAAGCGCAUGUUCAAACACCCGCUCCCGUACCGUCCCGGCAGGCCCAGGCUGGACGCGCCUCAGAAACGCUAUGUUCCCAAGGAGAAGCGGACCCAGAGGAUCCCCAUCCCCCCUCCACGGAAGACGCGAGCCCAGCUGCUGGAUGACAUCCUCAUUCGGAUGCGGGACCCCCGGCAUCUCACAGAGGCGCCACUAGGAGCUGUUCUGCAGCAACGGACGGAGCAGCGGCUGGUGAACCAGAAGCAGUACCUGGAGGCCAAGCGGCUGCUGAAGGAGUUCCGCGCUCGCUACCGGCGGCUGGUGCGCACCUCGCUGCGCACAGUGCUCGGGGCCACAGCGCCACCCCAGGCCCGCCCCGCGCUAAGCGAGGCGCAGCCGAAGUUCAGCCGCUUCCUCGAGUUGAUGGAUGAGUUCUACCAGGAGCCCACGGCCAGUGACUCAAAAGGCUAGUUCUGCACACAGGGCCAUGGGCGCCACCCGGCCUGCACCCCAUACCCUCCCUGGGGCCCCACCCCGCUGACUGCUCCUUGGGACCAGUGUGGGGCUCAGAGCUCGGCAUGGGCCUCGCUCGCUGGCUGCAGAGGGUGGGGAGCCAUCAGGACCUCCCUUCCUGGAGCUGGGCAGGGACUGACGCCUGGCCCAGCAGCAAUAAAGACUCUGGGUGCAUAGA